AUGAACUCUCCAGCACUGCCAAGGUUCCGAUGUCUCAUCGCCAGUCUGUUGGAUGCCCCAUUAGUAUCUGUACGGGUGGCUGGAGUCCCUCGUCCUGUGGUCUCCAGCUUCGUAAUACCCACUGAGCCAUCUGAAUCAUCUGAAUCAUCUGAGCCUACUGAGCCUACUGAGUCUACUGAGUCUACUGAGUCUACUGAGUCUACUGAGCCGACUGAGUCUACUGAGUCUACUGAGUCUACUGAGCCGACUGAGUCUACUGAGCUCCCUGAGUCCCCUGAAUCUCCCGAGUCCCCUGAGCCGAGUGAAUCUCCCGAGUCCCCUGAGCCGAGUGUUGCUAUGGUGAUGUCAAUCAUGUUGGCUCCUCCUCAUCUGAUCUUUCUCCUCAUGAUUCACGGAGUUUAUAGUGCUGAUGAUGAGUGGGGUGUGAAUUACAGCUCUUCAUCCAUCUGUGCACUAAAGGGUUCAACAGUGAUAAUAAACUGCACUUAUAAAUACCCUACUAGACAUCAGAUCAUGAAAGUGUUCUGGACUAAGAUUAACAGUCCUGAUCCUUCAGAUCUGUCUGAGGACUCUAAAUACAGGCAGAGGAUUCAGUAUCUGGGAGAUAAACAUCACAACUGCACCAUGAGACUGACUGAUGUGAGACAGACAGAUUCACACAAAUACUAUUUCAGAUUCAUCACUGAUAAACCUGAUGUGAAAUGGAUUGGUGUUCCUGGAGUGACUCUGGAUAUCACACUAAUAACAGAUCUUCAGGUGCAGUCUUCAGGUGAGAGAGUGACAGAGGGACAUUCAGUGACUCUUACAUGUAAAAGCAGAUGCAGUCUGACUGACAGAUCAACAUUCAUCUGGUUUAAAAACACACAGUCAUUAAGUGAGAGAACAGACAGAAACAAUCAACUCAUCCUGCAGUCAGUAAGAAGAGAGGAUGCAGGCAACUAUAACUGUGCUGUACAGGGACACAACCUCACAUCACCUCAUCAAUAUCUCAAUGUCAUCUAUGCUCCAGAUAACCCUGUAAUCUCCAUCAAACCUUCUGGUGAAAUAAUGGAGGGUGAUUCAGUGACUCUGACCUGCAGCAGUGAUGCAAAUCCACCUGUUCAGAACUACAGCUGGUUUAAGGAGAAUAAAACUGUUGCAUCUGGCCAAACCUACAUCAUCUCAAAGAUCAGAUCAGAUCACAGUGGAGAAUACAAGUGCAAGUCAAGUAAUGAACUUGGAAAAAGAUAUUCAGCAGUGACCUUAAAUGUUUUAUAUCCUCCAAAGAAGGUGACAGCAUCCAUCAGUGGAUCUGGUGAAAUAAUGGAGGGUGAUUCAGUAACUCUGACCUGCAGCAGUGAAUCAAAUCCACCUGUUCAGAUCUACAGCUGGUUUAAGGAGAAUGAAACAUCAUCUGUUGGAUCUGGACAGACGUACAGCAUCACUAACAUUAACUCCAGACACAGUGGAUGGUUUUACUGUGAGGCUCAGAAUGAUGUCGGAUCUCAGAGAUCUGCUGCUGUUUCACUCAAUAUUAAAGGAGGAAGUUACUCAGUCCUGAAUGUGGUUGCUGGAGUCUUAGCUGUAUGUGGAGGUUUAAUUUUCAUUCUCGUCGUUGUGUUUGUGUGGAAGUGCAAACACAGACCUGAUGACAUCAGACAAAAUCAGGAUAAUAUGUAUUCAACUGUAACAAAGAGAGUCUCAGCUCCUGAAUGUAGACUUGCUGAGGAGAUCCAGUAUUCAACCGUCCAACACAUCAAAGACAUGAAGACUGAAAAUGAUGAGAUGUUGCUGGAGAGAUCUGCUGUUCAUUUUAUGGGGGAUGAAUCAGUGAUGUAUAGUACAGUUAAGUAA